UAAUGACAAAGUGGGAGAUGUUAGACAUAAAUGUUCCUUCUACCUAUAUUUUAUUUGUUCAGAUGCUUUGCUUUUUUGCACCUUUUCAUUUCAAUUGGGCUUCCCUUUGGACUGCCUUUGCAUUGUAUGUUGUUACAGGUUUGGGAGUUAGUAUCUCUUAUCAUAGAAAUCUUGCACACAGGAGUUUCAAACUUUCCAAAUGGCUUGAAUAUUUGUUAGCUUAUUGUGCAGUUCAUGCAUUUCAGGGUGAUCCAAUCAGUUGGGUAAGCAUACAUAGAUGCCACCAUCGAUAUGUUGAUACUGAAAGAGAUCCACACAGUCCGAUUCAUGGAUUUUUAUUUAGUCAUAUAGCAUGGCUUCUUGACAUACCUACGUUGAAUAAAAAGGUUUGUCCAAAGUAUUUUAGUGAUACUCGAAAUCAAGAAAGAAAGAUGUACAAGUUGUUCUUCAAGCAAGGAAAUCCCGAUAAUGUCCCUGAUUUGGAGAAGCAAACGUUCUACCGAUUUAUUCAAAAAUCUUAUAUUUUUCAUCCAAUGGCUCUUGGAGUCUUGUUCUAUGCAAUCGGAGGAGUACCAUUAUUUAUAUGGGGAAUGUGUGUUCGGCUUACAGUGACUUCACAUGCCACCUUCAUGGUUAAUUCCAUAUGUCAUAUAUGGGGAAAACAACAAUGGAAUACUGGCGAUUUGUCUAGGAAUAAUGGGUUGGUAGCUUUGGUUACAUUCGGAGAAGGGUGGCACAAUAACCACCAUGCAUUCGAGUAUUCAGCAAGACAUGGUCAUGAAUGGUGGCAGAUUGACUUCGGUUGGUACUUCAUCAUGUUUCUUCAAGCAAUAGGAUUGGCGACUGAUGUUAAAUUACCCCCAGCUUCAAAAGUAGCAGCAAAACUUUCAUAAAAAUGGACAAACCAAAUCUCAUCUUCAAUUAAGAUUAUGUUAAUAAACGUCCCACACACUCACCCACGUGCGUAAGUGACUGUUGUAAUGUUUUGUUUAUUAUAGGCCCUACAUCGUUAUAAAUAUAAAUCAUGUUCAAGUAAUAAGUUAAAGUAUCUAUAGUGAAUAAGGUGGGGUGUUUUAUCUGUAAUUGUUACAAACGAUGUAAUCCAAAUCGUUCAUGUUGAGGCAUGCGAGUGGAGGUAUCCUAUACAAGAAU